AUGGCUCCUUUACCGGAGGUGGGGAGCUAUCUGGCCGGGCUGGACACUCUGGGACAAGUUGGCUCUCACUUCUUGUUGCCCCCUGCCAGGGAGAGCCCUCUGCUGUUCAACGACCCCAUGGCACAACCUGAUCGGCUGUCCCGCAGCGCUCCCUCGGACCUGGCGCACCUCCAAGGCAUCCUGCGCCGCCGCCAACUCUACUGCAGGACUGGCUUCCACCUGCAGAUCCUGCCCGAUGGCAACGUCUUGGGUACCCGGCAGGAUCACAACCGCUUCGGCAUUCUAGAGUUUAUCAGCGUUGCUAUUGGCCUGGUGAGCAUUAGAGGAGUGGACAGCGGCCUCUACCUGGGGAUGAAUGAUAAGGGGGAACUCUUUGGAUCUGAAAAAUUAACUUCUGAAUGCAUUUUCCGCGAGCAAUUUGAAGAAAACUGGUAUAAUACUUAUUCAUCAAAUCUAUAUAAGCAUGGAGAGUCUGGGAGGCGAUACUUUGUAGCACUUAAUAAAGAUGGAACUCCUAGAGAUGGAGCUCGAGCUAAAAGACAUCAGAAAUUCACACAUUUUUUGCCUAGACCGGUGGACCCUGAGAAGGUACCUGAACUCUAUAAGGAUGUCAUGGGAUAUAGCUGA